UUUCUUCAUUCCUUAAUUUCAAACUAAGCUUUAAACCAAAAAAAAAAAAAUUAUGGGUUCUAAGGCAUUUCUGUUUCUUGGUCUUUGUUUGGCUAUUUUUUUCCUGAUAAGCUCUGAGGUUGUAGCUGCUGAGUUGGCUGAGACUUCCAACUCAAUGAAAUUGGAUAACGAGAAUGGAGUAUCUAUUGACGGACGUAGUGGAUACAAUGACGUUGGCGGUGAUGGAUAUUAUGGUGGUGGUUAUAAACGUAGAGGAUGCCGCUAUGGUUGCUGCAGGAAAGGUUACAAAGGAUGCAAAAGGUGUUGUUCCUACGCAGGUGAGGCCAUGGAUAAAGUCACUGAAGCUCAG